CAUGUUGAAAACCCCGCGCUCUUUCGCUCUCUCUCCUCUGCUCUGUCCAGACUUCGAGAGUAUUCGAUGCGUAGCAAGGGCAACAACUCCACGCUUUUGGAGCUCUUCACACUUCAGGCAUUGUGAGAAACUGGUAUCCAAUAAUGCCUGCAUUGCCAAAGGUUAAUCCCUUGAAGAGUAGCUUCGAAGACUCAUGUUAGACACGAAGAUGUCGUAUAAUGGCGACGAUGAAGUCAAGGACUCUGCAGAGACUGCGAAGCACUUCGAACCUAGAAGUUAUCAAAUACAAAUAUUUCAAGUUGCUCUUCGAAAAAAUACGAUCGCCGUAUUGGAGACUGGAGCUGGGAAAACAAUGAUUGCUGUGAUGUUAAUAAAAGAAAUUGGGCGAGCCAUGAAAACCAGUGGAAAUAAGAUGCUAAUUAUAUUUUUGGCACCAACUGUUCAUCUUGUUAAUCAGCAAUUUGAAGUGAUUAAGAUUCAUACAGAUUUUAAAGUGGAGGAGUACUAUGGAGCAAAGGGAAUUGAUGAGUGGAGUGCAAAAUGCUGGGAGAAAGAAAUCAGUGAACAAGAUGUGAUGGUAAUGACUCCACAGAUUCUAUUGGAUGCUUUGAGAAAGGCAUUCUUGAGGAUUGAAAUGGUAUGCUUAGUGAUAUUUGAUGAGUGUCAUCGUGCUACUGGAAACCAUCCAUAUAUGAAGAUAAUGAAGGAAUUUUAUCACAAGUCUCGAAACAAGCCAAAGAUUUUUGGAAUGACUGCAUCGCCUGUAGUUAGAAAAGGUGUUUCAUCAGUCAUGGAUUGUGAGGAUCAAAUAUCAGAACUUGAAUGCGUCUUGGAUUCCCAGAUCUAUAUAGUUGAGGACAAAACUGAAGUGGAAGUAUUUGUUCCCUCUGCAAAAGAAAUAAAUAGAUACUAUAAUUCCACACAAUUUUCCCAUGAAGAUUUAAAAACUAAGUUGAAGUCUUCACGGUCUAAGUUUGAUGCAUUGUUGGUUAGUAUUCAAGCAUCAUUGCCAACGCAGUUCAAAGAUACUGAUGAUGCAUUCAAUGGUUUGAAGAAGCGAUUGUCUAAGUAUCAUACAAAGAUUGUUUGUUGCCUAGAUGAUCUCGGCCUAAUAUGUGCAUAUGAGGCUGCUAAAGACUGUUUAGAAAAUGUUCGUGUUUUAAACACUACAGAAGACUUUGAAUUUUAUAGAGCUAGUUCCAUGCAGUGCAUGAGUUUUCUUGAAGAAGUGUUACAUAUAAUUGGAGAAACUUUGCCAGAUGAGAAUUUAACAUUUUCUGAAAUGGGAUCUCAUUUUUCUGAGGCAAUUAAGUUGGGUUAUAUCUCUCCAAAGUUACAUGAAUUAAUUCAGAUUUUUCAAUCUUUUGGAGGGGCUACAGGAGUGCUAUGCCUCAUUUUUGUGGAAAGAAUUAUUACAGCUAAAGUAAUUGAAAAAUUUAUGAAGAGACUUGGUUUUUUAUCUCAUUUCACAUUUUCAUACUUGACUGGAGGUAAUGCAUCAGCUGAUGCUCUGACACCACAAAUGCAAAAGAAGACUUUGGAUUUGUUCCGCCAUGGGAAGGUAAACCUAUUGUUUAGCACUGAUGUGGCUGAAGAGGGGAUCCAUGUUCCAAAUUGUUCUUGUGUGAUACGUUUUGAUUUGCCAAAAACUGUUCGUAGUUAUGUCCAGUCACGUGGGAGAGCUCGCCAAACCGAUUCUCAAUACAUCCUCAUGCUUGAAAGGGGAAACAUCAAGCAAAGGGAUCUAUUAUUUGAUGUUAUCAGGAGUGAGCGUUCUAUGACAGAAACUGCUACGAACAGAGACCCCAGUGCAUGCAUAUCCAAAGUAUGUGAUGUGGAUGACAUAAAUACAUAUACUGUAGUUGCAACUGGAGCAUCAAUAACUGCAGAUUCUAGUGUUAGUCUUAUCUAUCGAUAUUGUGAAAAACUUCCUGGAGACAAGUACUUCACUCCAAAGCCAACUUUUCAGUUGUCAUUAUGUGGGGAGUCUUACACAUGUACAUUAGUAUUACCUCCCAAUGCAGCAUUUCAAACAAUAACAGGUCCUGUAAAUAGAAACGUGCACUUAUCAAAACAGCUUGUAUGCUUGGAGGCUUGUAAGAAAUUGCAUCAAAUGGGAGCUCUUGAUGAUCAUCUUCUGCCUUAUGUUGAAGAGCCACCAGAAAUUGGUUUUAGUGAAAAAACUAAUGAAUCUUCAGGUGCAGGGACAACAAAAAGGAAGGAAUUACAUGGGACUACCCAUAUCCGUGCUUUAUCUGGUGGUUGGGGAGACAAAAUGGAUGGUGUCACUUUGCAGGCAUAUAAAAUAGACUUCUCUUGUAAUCUUGCUUGGGUGUUCUAUUCUGGAUUUGUCCUCUUAAUUGAUGCAAACCUAGAUGAUGAUGUGGCAAAUGCUGAAGUGGAACUUUACCUGACUGAUAAGUUGGUCAAAUCAUCUAUUUCUCCAUCAGGGCAAAUGCACUUGGAUGCAGACCAGGUGAGAAGAUCAAAAUGUUUCCAGGAAUUUUUCUUUAAUGGGUUAUUUGGGAAAUUGUUCACUGGAUCCAAAUCUUCUGGGACACAAAGAGAGUUUUUACUCAAGAAAGAAAAUAAAUCAUUGUGGAACACAUUGAAUAUGUAUUUGCUUUUACCACUUGAUUCAUCUGGAAUUCCUAACGAUGAAUCUCUGAGAAUCAACUGGAGAGGCGUUGAUUCCUGUGUUUCCAUUGUUGAAUUUUUGAAGGAGAACUCUUUGCUUAGUGCUGAUUCUUGUUUAGUCAGUAAGGGAAAUUCUUGUAGCACCAAUUCAUUUGAGACUGAAUACAAGGUUUCAGAAGUUAUCCACUUGGCUAAUAGUAAUGUUAAUUUAUACAACCUUAAAGAUAUGGUGGUGUUGGCUAUUCACACGGGAAGAAUUUAUUCUGUUAUUAAAGUGAUGAUUGAUAUGUCAGCUGACAGUUGUUUUGAUAGUUCCAAUGCGAUGCCACCAAAAUAUGCUACCUUUAGAGAAUACUUCAAUAAGAAGUAUGGAAUUGAGCUCAUGCAUCCACAACAGCCUUUGUUGCUGUUAAAACAGAGCCAUAACCCUCAUAACCUUCUUGCAAAAUCAAGUCAAGCAGGUGGCUCCUUAUGUAGGAAGACAUCGGAUGCUGGAACUGCUUUGAUUGUUGACAAGCUGCAAAAUCAUGUACACAUGCCUCCAGAGCUCCUUAUUUGUAUUGAUAUAUCUAUAAGUGUCUUAAAAUCAUUUUAUCUUCUACCUUCUCUGAUGCACCGAUUAGAGGCAUUAAUGUUAACUAGUCAGCUGAGAGACGAAAUUUCUUAUCAUCCAAGCAAUGGCUGUAUAUCAAGCUCUCUGAUUCUAGAAGCACUCACAACACUUAGAUGUUGUGAGAAGUUUUCUCUUGAGCGCUUGGAGUUGUUGGGUGACUCAGUAUUAAAAUAUGCUGUGAGCUGCAAUCUCUUUCUAAAAUACCCAAAGGAACAUGAAGGGCAAUUAUCUGCCCGUAGAUCCCGUGCUGUUUGUAAUUCAACAUUACAUAAACUGGGAACCAAUAAGAAAGUACAGGGCUAUAUAAGAGACAGUGCAUUUGAUCCUUGUCGAUGGGCUGCUCCAGGGCAGCAUUCUCUAAGGAAUGUUCCUUGUUUGUGUGGCCUGGAUACUCACGAAGUGCCUCUUGAAAGAAAGUUUCAAACUGAAGAGACUUCUGUUGCAGUUGGAAGGGUCUGUGAUAGAGGUCAUAGGUGGAUGUGCUCCAAGACUAUUUCAGAUUGUGUUGAAGCACUAAUAGGAGCUUAUUUCAUUGGUGGUGGAUUAACUGCUGCACUUUCAUUAAUGAAAUGGUUGGGUAUGGAUGUUGAAUUUGAUCCUAUAUUAAUUGAUGACGUCAUUAGAAAUUCAAGUCUGUGGUCUUCAAUGCCAAAAGUUAAUGAACUUGAAACACUGGAAACGAAGCUAUGUUAUAGCUUUUCUGCCAAGGGUCUUUUGUUGGAGGCUGUAACACAUCCAUCAGUGGAGGAACCGGGGGUUGGCUAUUGUUAUCAGCGGCUUGAAUUUCUGGGUGACUCUGUAUUGGACCUGCUUAUUACAUGUCAUCUUUAUCAAAGCCAUAAGGAUGUUGAUCCAGGGGAGUUGACUGACUUGCGUUCAGCCAAUGUCAAUAAUGAAAACUUUGCUCAGGUGGCAGUGAGGCACAACCUCCAACAGCAUCUUCAACAUGGUUCUGGACUGCUUUUAACGCAAAUAACAGAAUAUGUGAAGUCUGCUUCUGGACCUUCUAAUGAAACUAUGUCACUCCGAGCUAAAGUUCCAAAAGUUCUUGGAGACUUGGUUGAGAGUAUUGCAGGGGCAAUUCUUAUGGACACUAAGCUUAACACUGAUGAAGUAUGGAGAAUAUUUAAACCCUUACUUUCUCCUAUCAUAACUCCUGACAGACUUGAGUUGCCACCCUUGAGAGAACUGAAUGAGACAUGUGACUCCCUUGGCUAUUUCAUAAAAGAGAAGUGUACUAACAAAGGAGAACUGGUGCAUGCUGAGCUUUGGCUGCAGAUGGAGGAUAUCCUAUUGAUAGGAGAGGGGUGUGAAAGGAGCAAGAAAGCAGCCAAAGGACAAGCAGCUUCCUACUUGUUGAAGGAGCUAAAGGAAAGAGGUAUUUCACAUUCCCGGUAUGCUUCUAAGACGAAGAAACUGGAACUGGAAUCUGUUGGUGGUUCCUCUGUUCCAGACUUGGAUAUUAACCACUGCAGUCAGCCAAAUGGUGGGGAACUAGUGGAACCUAUCAGUUAUAAAAAGCUAAAGACAAUUGAAAGGCUGUUGCCUGUGGAGUCAAUAGCAGAUCCUUCGCUUGCAGGGGAUUGUUCUCAUAAAGUUUCUGCUCCUGAACUCAGUUCAUCAGUAACUAUAUCAAUUAGCAUGCAAAAAGGAGGCCCUCGAUCCUCUCUCUAUGAGCUCUGUAAAAGACAGCAUUGGCCAAUGCCUAGUUUGCAUACCAUAGAACACAAGUCAAGAUUGCCAAUUGAAUUUGGUGAUGGUUCUGAAAAAAGAAAAGGGUUCAACAGUUUUGUAUCAAGAAUUUCUUUACACAUUCCCAACUCUGGUGUUAUCGAGUCAACAGGAAAUCAUUCACCUGAUAAAAAGAGUUCACAUGACUCUGCAGCACUUUCAAUGCUUCAUGAGCUUGCAAAACAAGGAAAAUGUACAAUUGUGAAUCUGUGAUCAAUUAUGUAUAAUUUGUAAACCCACCAGUUUCUCAUGUGGGACAAGCCCAGCCAUGGAUGGGGAUGCUUUUCUUUUCUUCCCAAGGCUCUGCUUGUUUCUUCAUAGGCAGAUUUUUUUUUCCACUGUAAAACUUCAGUUUUAUGGAUAAAACCUUUUCCAUGUGGGAAAUUUUCAUAUUUGCAAAACUAUGUAACAUGUUGGGGAAAGAUAAAUGGAAUAAAAAUGCUUUUAUCUUGGCAACUCAUCAA